AGUAUAUUAACAAAUGUAACAAAAUCAAAAUGGUAAAUUGACUUCCAAAAACCACUUUGUCUUCCAUCUUUCUAAAAAUUUCAGUCGGUUAACUGGAAAUACUCUCUCGUCCGUCUCCACUUUCCCUAAUUUUAUUCAUUAUUCAGAUCUUUGAGAGACGGAAGAUGCUUGCAAUAAAACGGAAGAUCUAUCAUCUGAAGCUUGCAACUCAUCCCUGGGCAAGGAUACGCAGAAUUCCACUGAAGAGGGAAUCAAGGACUACGUCAAAACACCGCAUGAACGAUGGAAAGCUAGGAAGUUUGAGACGAGGACAAUAUAAGUUGUCCCGCAAGUUAGGGUCCAGGGGGAGAGGUAGCGGACAGAUCAUACCCGUACCUUUUUGGAAGAGAGGGGAAAAGGGCAUGAGAAAUGCGCGCAAUCAAGAAAAUCCCCAGGUAAUAUGAGCCUCGCCAAAAGAAAGGCUUGUCAAAAAUGCUGAUGAAGAUGGAUUUACUUGGAGAUUGUACGGGAUGAAAGAAAUUUCAGGAGCAAAGUACAAGAGGAGCUAUUAUAGGUGCUUCUUUCGUGGAUGUCAUGCCACUAAGAUAGUGCAAAGAUCUGACGAUUGCAAUAAUUUUAAGGUCACGUACAGGGGUACACAUACUUGCUGUUUCGUAGCCAAGAAUACUCCAGCAAGCAGCAGUGAGGCAACAGAAUCAAUAUCUUAUGGAGCCGCAAGCAACGAGACAUCAGAAACAUAUUUCAAUGGAUCUAAUUCCUCGUAUUCUAUUCAAAAUUGCAUAAAAGAAUCAAAUCUAAUGCCGUCGACUUUUACUACAAUUUGGGACUGGGACAAAGAUUUAUUGCUAAACUGGGAGGAAAGUGAAGCAUGCUAUGAUAUUCAUAAUGCUGGUGUAAGUGGUGAAGUUAGACAAGAAGAGUCUAUUUUGUCAUCUUCUGCUCUUAUACAGUCAAAUAAGCCAGUUUUAGCUGAAUCAAUGUUCAGCAGAACUGAAUACAUUUUCGCGACUCCGCACUUGAAGAGAAAAGAACUGUCUUCUUUUUCUCCACAAUGUUCAUCAGUAAAUUCUAGUGGAUCCGUGGAUAGCAACUUGCAAAAGCUAUUUUCAGCUUGUCAGGAUGUAAAAGUCAGGAAGAUUGGAUUUUAUGGAACUGGUGGUGUAGGAAAAACCACAGCAAUGAAGGCAUUUUUUUUGCACUAUGAUUCAAAGAGAUUGUUUGACUUUGUCCUUUGGGUGACUAUACCAAGACACUUUUCUAGAAGAAUGAUACAGAAUGCAUUAAGCAAACAAUUAUCUUUAGAAAUACCGAAUAUCAAGUCUGACGAUGAAGUUGCUAUGAUCCUUCAUCAAACUCUUCUUGCAAAAAAGUUCAUUUUGUUUCUAGAAGAUGUUUGGGAGUAUGUGGAUCUGCUAAAGAUCGGAAUUCCUAUUGGCAAUCUACAAUACAACUAUAUGAUAAUUUUGACGGCCACAUCAGUUUCUAUUUGCAAAGCCAUGGAGGUGGAUAGAAUCAUUAAAGCAGAGCCGCUCCCUGGGGAAGAAUCAUGGAAAUUGUUCCGAUUUAAUGUUGGCGAAGUCUUGGAUAAUCAAUGUAUUGAGCAUUAUGGUCGAGUUAUUGUGGGUGAGUGUUAUGGUUUGCCUUUGACGAUCAAAGUUGUUGGAAGAGCCUUAAGAAUGGAUAGCUGUAUUUUCUCAUGGAAGCGUGCACUGCAGGAUAUAUUAUUGACUGAUCCUCUUCAGGUACUCAAACUUGGAUAUGAUAGACUAAACGCAGAUGAUAUGAAAAGUUGCUUUCUGUAUUCUGCCUUAUUCAUAGGAUGCAAAACUGUGAGGAUUCCUUCUCUGGUUGAGUACUUGGUCGAUGAAGGACUUUUUUACGGGAGUAUGAAAAGAGGACAUGAUGUUCUAAAGAAUCUUUGUAACGUCUCUCUGUUGGAGUGCAGCGAUGGCUUGAUGGUUGAAAUGCAUGACCUUCUAUGUGAUUUGGCAUUAAAAAUACUGUCAGAUGUGAAUGGGUUCCAAAUGUUGUUGAAUCGUUAUGUAAAGUCAAUAUUGCCACUGGGAACCUUUCUGUCUACUAAAAGAGCUGAGAGCUCAUCUUUGGAUAGUCACGUAUCUAUUCUAAGAGCUUGCGAGGGUUUCAAUGAAUCACCAUCAAAGAAAGAAUGGGAAAAUGCAAAGAUGGUAUUUUCGAUGGAUAAUCCAUUAUUAAUUUUACCCGAAAGGCCCGCCUGCUCAAAAAUGUUGAUACUUUUCCUUCAAAGAAAUAGCAGGUUGAGAUCCAUACCUUCGUCUUUCUUUGAUAACAUGUCUUCUCUUCAAAUUCUGAACCUGUCAAAAACCAGAAUAAAGUCGUUGCCAAAGUCUGUCUCAAAAUUAGAACACAUGCAGGUAUUGAUUCUUCGAAACUGUGAGCGUUUACUCUUUCUUCCCUCUGAAAUUGGGGCUCUCAAACAUCUCUUAGUUCUUGAUGUACACGGAACAGAAAUAUGCCAUUUGCCUGAUCAAGUUGGUGAGCUGCUUUGUUUAGUUCACUUACAAGUUCGCUUCUAUGGAUCCAUGGAUCAGGAUGAAUGUACAAUGCUGCCUUCACAAUUGAUAUCCAAGGGAAUAAUUGCCAAACUUGUUCGGUUAAGGGAGCUUAGCAUCAUUGUGUAUCCAGGAGAUUUGCGAUGGACAAAAAUUGCAUUAGAGCUAACAAGAGAAGUGAGCAAUUUGAAACUGUGUUCCCUGUCUUUCCACUUUCCUGAAAUAAAUCAUCUUGAGUACUUCAUGAAUGUAAGUCCAGCUUGGCUGCAUCGAACAUUGGAUCGUUUCAAUUUUAUCGUGGGCCAUGAUGUCAAGCGUGUUGUUUCUCAUGUUUCUUCAGAACUAGAAAACGAGUUUAAUCAGCAAGACCGUUGCUUAAGGUUUGUUGAUGGUCAGGAUGCUCCUGAUGCAAUCAAGAAAAUUUUUUCACAAGCUACAGCAUUCUACUUGGAUCAUCACCUAAGUGCUUACUCCUUGACGCAUUUCGGAUUAUAUACUAUGGAUAAUUUGAAGUUUUGCAUAGUGAGGGAUUGUCCAAAAUUGAAAACAGUGAUAAACAGCAAAAACCUGACAGGAAGUGUUUUCAGAUCCCUGGAGAUCUUGAGCAUCCACUAUUCUUGGAAUUUAAGUCGGAUCUGGGUGGGUCCCAUUCCACCUGGAAGCUGUUUGAUGCUUAGACAAUUGUCAGUGCACUCUUGCCCAAAACUGGAAUUCAUUCUGUCUGCUUCCAUGGUUGCUGUUCUUCCCAACCUUGAGGAGUUGAUUGUUGCGGACUGUCAAUCCUUGAAAAGUGUUGUCACCAACGAGGAUCAGAUUUCUGCUGAUGAUGACACCAUUGACAGUGACCAUUUCGAGCCUUAUAAUGCCGAUGCAAAAGACCCUAUGGAGGUUGACACUUUUAAUGUUGCGGAGCUUAAGAUAAAGGUUAUGAAGCUUCAUUAUCUUCCCAAAUUGGUAAACAUUUGGAGCGAUGGUGAUUUGCCUUGCUUAGUGUACGUCAAUAUAUAUAACUGUCCUCGACUGCAAAAUCUCAAUCUGAAGUCUCCUGUUGAGAUCACCUUAAAGGAGAUCAAAGCCGAAACAGCCUGGUGGGAUCAUUUGGAGUGGGAUGAUCCUGCAUUGCCUGCUAAACUUCAAGGCUGCGUUAAGGAUAUCCAGAGUGAUGAUAUAUGGGGCACGGUAUAGGCAUGGUGUCGAAUAAAAUCUGGUAAUUAAUUGGACACUUGUACUGGUGUAUUUCAGUCUGUGUUGGUACUGUCAUGUAGCAUUGUCAAGCUUCUAUUUGUUUUAUCGUUUGCUCGAGUACUAAAGGCGUCGUUAGAAUGUGCAAGUACAGUGUAUUGAUAAAAUUGAUAAAAUUUUGUGUAUGUGUUGUGUAUUAAAAUGUGCAUGUACAUGCUGUAUAGUAGUACUUCUAAAUUUUGUGCUACUCCGUUUUGGUAAGAGGAAUAGAGAGAAUUGAUCUUUCUAUAGGUGGUGAAUUUUAUAUUGUACAACGGAAUUGAAAAUGAAGUGAUUUCUCACUA